ACAACGGGAAUCUGUCUCAAGGAUGGACCACGGCGGCCGCGUCGACGCUCAGAAACGCCGGCGCCGUUAGCGGACUGCAUUCCCUCCAGAUGUGAUGUCAGGGUUUUAACAUUACAGGUGUCAUAUUUGCGUGAUGAUGAAGUACCCAGGAGUGACCUGCCGUGCUAAAAUCGGCAGCAGUUGAAGACUGCGCAUCUGGAUUUGGCUAAGACGCUACCGCUAGCUAGCGAACGAGCUAGCCGAACGCCGUGUCUGCAGCCCAGCAGUACCGUCUCCACUGGUUCGGCAUUAGCUCAAGGGGCUAGUUGGCUGUUGGGCUUGGGCCACGCACGGACGACACGUUGGCUCAUGCGGUCGCUAACGUUAAACGUGUCGCUGAAGAUGUAAAUUGCGAUGGGUCCAAAGAGACGGGAACUGGCAGAGCCAGCGAUGGCCUUCCCUCUCCCUGUCUUCAUCCUGCUGCUUCUGCUGGUGGCUAAGUCGCCUGUGUGCCAAGCAGGCGAUUGCAAAGGCCACAGGCAGGUGCUGAGGGGUUCACCAGGCUAUGUCACAGAUGGACCAGGAAACUACUCUGUCAAUGGGAACUGCGAGUGGCUCAUUAAAGCUCCCAACAGUAGUUACCGCAUUGUGUUGAAUUUCACCUUCAUGGACACAGAGUGUACCUAUGAUUACAUGUUUGUUUAUGAUGGAGACUCCUAUCAGAGCCCUCUUCUCGCCAGCCUAAGUGGCAACACUUUGCCUCAACCCAUCGAAGCCAAAUCUGGAACGAUGCUGCUUCAUCUCUUCAGUGAUGCCAAUUACAACCUUCUGGGCUUCAAUGCGACUUACACCUUCUCUUUGUGCCCCGGAGCUUGUGGUGGUCAUGGUCGCUGUGAUCCUUCUACAUCCAAAUGCCUGUGCCACCAGGGUUGGGGAGGAGCAUCUUGUACAACAUCGCUGUGCACACAGUCUUGUUCCGUGAAUGGCCAAUGUGACAAAAAAGGCGAACGCUGUCUGUGCAAUGCCAACUUUGUGGGUCAGAGCUGUCAGCUCGGGAUUCAUGAUGACGCCGGGGCAGGACAGUGGUGUCGUGUGAGUGACGGAAACCCCUACACACCUCCCAGGACGGCUUCAGCUGGCGUGUACCUGUCCUCCACUGGAGCCUUGUACUUGUUUGGCGGGUUUGAUCUGAACAGAGCUCUUGGUGACUUGAUCAAAUACAAUUUUACAUCCAACCAAUGGGAGAGCAGGUCUUACGGUCACUCUCCUGUUGCGCGUCACUCCCACACAGCAGUAGAGUGGAUGGGUAAUAUAGUAAUCUUUGGAGGAGAGCUAGCCAAUGGCUCCCUGGCCAGUGAUGUCUGGAUGUACCGUCCAACCCAAGAUGACUGGCAACAGUUAGGCUUUUCACACUCGCGUGGUGCUCCUAAACUGGCCAAUCAUGCUGCAGCAGUGGUAGACAGUUAUCUCUAUAUAUUUGGAGGUCGUACAGAGGAGGACAUGUUUUCCUCUUCUUUGUAUCGUUUCGGCCUCCGUGGCUCUGGAAGGUGGGAGACUGUUCAGCCCACUGGUGGGAAGCCCCCGGCCACUGCUGGCCACUCUAUGGUAUUUCACAGCCCAUCCAGGACACUCCUUGUUUACGGAGGCCACAGGCCCACCACUGCCAGGUUUAGUGUGAGAGUGAACAAUACAGACAUGUUCCAUGUGGACAAGCGGUUUUGGACUUCCUUGCGCUCUCGUUUCCCAGCAACAGGCCCCAGAGAAAGAGCUUUUCAUUCAGCCACAGUCAUUGGAAAUUACAUGGUGGUGUAUGGAGGGAAUGUACAUAUUCACUAUCAAGAGGAGAAAUGCUAUGAUGAGGAGAUCUUCUUUUACCAUCUGGGUUGUCAUCAGUGGGUGUCUAGUGGGGAGAGAUGGUCGCUCAAUGGGGAUGCUGUGCGGGGGCGUUACUCACAUGUUGCUGCUGUGAUGGAGGGGCGAGUGCUGCUGAUUGCUGGGGGCUACAGCGGUGUUUCCCUCGGAGACUUGGUGGCUUACAAAGUUCCAUUGUUUGUCAGUAGUGAUCAAGGUGAUAGGGAUGCUGUUUGCGCCGAGGCACUUGAUGAAAGUAUGUGCCUUAAGAAACCAGAGUGCAGCUGGUGUGAGGGCCGCUGUCGGGAGUACCAGCCCACUAAUCCGUGUGGAAGUACUGGUUGCCUGGGCCUGGCUCGCUUCCUGUCUGACUGCCAGUCCUGUGUGGUGUUCAGUGGAACCCCAGCUUCUCUGGCCCGUGCCCCUGGUGAUUUUGGAUGGUGUGUUCAGAAUGAGUCCUGCCUACCAGUGUCAGAGCGAAGUGCGUGCCGUGUGGACCAGAUCUCUGGGGCGUACGGCUGGUGGGGGGAGCGUACCCUUUUCCUAACCUCCCUCCACUCCUGUCGCACCGAGAACUAUGUCCCGGGACUGCACCUGCUCACCUUCCAGCACCCCCGCAACGACUCCCAGCCUGACAAGGUGUCUAUCCUUCGCAGCACCAACAUCAUCCUUAGUCCUACUACAGAAAUGGAUGUAGCCCUACAGUUUAGGGGUUUUAUUCAUCCACUGUGGGGGGCCCCGCCACCUGCAUCCCCUCCCACUGAGACUGUCUCUAUGUGGGCUCGUAUCCAGAGGCUUCAUUUUGAGGCUCGAAUGGCAUCCGGACCCAACUCUAGCCAACUGGAGGUGGUCGGGCAUUGGGCUGCUCACCAAGAGAAAGAGUUGAAGCUGCUGGGACGUGCAGAUGGGAGUAAGCUGUUUUCUAACCUGACCAGGGGCAACCAUUACCUUGUUCAGGCUGAGGGUUAUCUUAACAACUCAGGCUCAGGACAGACCAGUGAGAUGGCCCUCAUCUGGAACAGAACAUUGCCUGGUGGAAGUGAAAUCUCCUUCUUGUUUUUGGAGCCCUACCGCUCCGGCUUCUGCUCAGGCCACUUGUCCUGUCUGGCCUGUUUGUCGGACCAGUCUUGUGGCUGGUGUCCAUCUUUGUCCCGCUGCCUACUGCGAGAUGGGCCGGACAUAGAGCCCUGCCCUGAGAGUGAGAAUGCUGAAGGAGAAGCAGAGAAGGGUCAAGGCAAAGGUGAAGAUGAGCGCCAUCUGCUGUUGGCACCCCAGCACUGCACCUUGUGUGAAGAGUAUAGAGAUUGCUCUGCUUGUACUCAGGACACUUAUUGUGAGUGGCAGAUAAACUCCAACAAGAAAGGUGACUACCAGUGUAGUCGGCGUGGUAGACUAGAUGGAUCCAUACGGGAUCCGAGGGGAUGUCCUAAAGUCUGCAACCAGAGGAAGACAUGUGGGGAGUGCCUCUCUAACUCCAGCCAGUGUGCGUGGUGUGAGUCAGCCCAGGCCUGCUUCUAUUUUGCUGCCUAUCUUACAAAAUACCCUUAUGGAGAGUGCAGGGACUGGUAUGACAGUGUUCACUCAGUUCCCCAGUGUAAGCAGUGUUCAGCUUUAACCACAUGUACAGACUGCCUGCGAACGUUCCAGUGUGGCUGGUGUGGUGACUAUAACAAUCCCACAAUUGGAAAAUGUUUAAGGGGAGACUGGGCAGGAAUGGAUGACGCUUUAGUGUAUAACUGCAGUGUUGCUGUUGCUGAAGCACGAGCUGCAAAUCCUGAGCCUCAGACCUCUGCUCCCCCUCGUCCUCUGGAAAUGGAGAUGGAGCUGGAGAAUCUGAAUGAUGAGGAGCGAGAUGCUAUUUGGUCCUACCCCACUUGCCCUGAUGUUGAGGAAUGUAGACUGGGACUCCACAACUGUCACCCCUUUGCCACCUGCAUCAACACCCCAACCUCCUACGAGUGCCACUGUGAAAGAGGAUUCACAGGAGAUGGCACUCUGCACUGCAACCAGACAUGCUACAAUGAGUGUCGAGAGGGACAGUGCAGCGGUAGCCCCCGGUUUGAGUGUGAAUGUUCCCUGGGGUGGACAUCUGACCCUGCGACUCUGGUGCUGAGUGGGGUUGAAUGUGAUGUGGACUGUGGCUGCAACUUCCACUCCACUUGUAUUACUGCUCCAGGAAUCUGUGACGAAUGCCAGGACUGGACUACAGGGCCUCACUGUGAGCACUGCCGCCCAGGAAGCUUCGGUUCAGCUCUGGCUGACGGUGGUGGGUGUGUUCCCUGUGAGUGUAAUGGUCAUGGUGACUCUCUCCGAGGCUACUGUCACAACCAGACAGGGCAGUGCUACUGCACCCACAAUACCCAUGGACCACACUGUGAGUCCUGUCUGCCUGGUUACUAUGGCGACCCCAGGAACAAUGGCACAUGCUAUCGCCAGUGCCAGGGCAGGUCUGUGCUGCUGUCCUCCACUUCACCCUCCAUCAUGUCUCUCUCUUCUUCUCUUGGAUGGCGAAGUGGCACAGAGGGCAAAGAGGGGCUUUCCCAUUGCCUGUGGGUUCUGUCUGUGACUGAAAACCUUGCACCUUGUUUGCCAAGGCAGCUGUGUCCCCCUGUUGCCCUCACUCUACACCCAGACUCACACACGUUUUGUAAAAGCUCAUAUGUAUAUGUGUUUGAUGGCCUUCCUCGUUUUCUGGGCAGUGGAGUUGUACAUUCAGAUCACAACCUGAUUGGAGCGUUUUGUGGCACCACAAGGACUCAACCUAUAACAGUGGAGGCCACCUCAGGUGUAAUUUCAGUCUACUUUGAGGCUAACGUUUCUUCAAACAAACCACAAGGCUUCAAUGCAUCUUUUUGGGUGCGUCGCUGUCACCAGAGCUCUGAUGAUGGUGAAGAAGGGUCACCUGCAUGUCCAGGUGGAGCCCAGUGUCUAGGUGGGCUCUGCCAGUGCCCUCAGGGAUAUGGAGGACCCCACUGCGAUCGACCGUUGUGUCCUCAUGAUUGUGGAACAGCAGAAGGAAGAGGAGUUUGUAAUAUAUCUUUGGGACUGUGUGUGUGCUCAGCCAGCUGGGCUGGUUUGGACUGCUCUGUACCUCGGGACCCCAACAGCUUAAUUUGGGAAACACUGCUGGACACACAACUUACAGUGAACCAGGCCCACAGGUUCCUCCACAGGAUGGGCCACUCUCUGGUGGCUGGACCACAGGGAAACCUCUGGAUGUAUGGCGGUCUCUCCUUGUUGGAGGGCAUUUUGGGAAACGUCUACAGAUAUUCUGUGUUGGAGCACCGUUGGACCCAGAUGUUAACCAGCUCUCUAGAAGAAGGCUCCACUCCUAGUGCUCGAUACAACCACGCCUCUGUGCUGCUCACUGCUCAUGAGUCUCUGUCUGGAAGCUACAGAGCCAGUCACAACUUUAUGUUGGUGGUGGGUGGUGUUACUCCAAAUGGUGUUGCCAUGGAUACCUGGAGCCUGAAUCUUAGCAGUUUAGUCUGGAGAGAACACAAGGGCUCGGUGCUGCCGCCAGUUGCUGGACACACUUUGACAUUACGCAGAGAUUCCUCUGUGCUGUUGAUUGGAGGUUACUCUCCAGAGAACGGCUUCAACCACCAUCUGCUGGAGUUUAACCCUCAUUCAGGAAACUGGACCAUUGCCCCUCACACCGGCACACCACCCACAGGUUUAUAUGGCCACUCGGCAGUCUACCAUGAGCAGACAGAUGCCAUUUAUGUUUUUGGAGGUUAUCGUUUCCACGUGGAGACUGUUGAGCCUUCAGGCGAGCUUUAUAGUCUGUAUUACCCCAACCUCACCUGGUCUCUGCUGGUCCCUUCACAGGGUAAUAAGCCCCUGUCCCGAUUCUUCCACGCUGCAGCCCUCAUCAAAGACACUAUGGUCAUUGUUGGAGGGAGGACACAAGCAGAAGACUACAGUAACUCUGUGUCUCUGUACCAGAUAAACUGUAACACCUGGAUACAACCAGUCUCUGCUAUAGGAGAUCCAGUAAAUCGAUCAGUCUCUCUUGCCAUGACAAGCUGGGAUGGCCGUCUCUUUCUGUCUGGAGGCUUCAAUGGUGUCACACUGGGCAGACUUCUAACACUGAUGGUGCCCUCUGACCCCUGUGCUGUGCUGCCCACACCAGAGACCUGCAACACCACCACAGGCAGUUGCAUCUGGUGUAGGGGGACUUGUGCUUCUUCUGACACCGCAGAGAGAAUGGGUUGCCUCACUGGCCAGUCAUCGUGCUCCCCAACCCCUCGUCAGCCAGAUCAGUGUCGCAGACUGAAGACCUGCAGUGAAUGCCUUGCCCGACACCCUAAAACAUUUUCAAGUCCAUCUCAGCAUUCUCUACAGUGCAAGUGGUGCACGAACUGUCCAGAGGGGGCCUGUAUCAGCAGCUCUGUUAGCUGUACAUCUGAACAUGACUGUCGGAUCAAUCAGAGAGAAAUAUUUCUCUCCAGCAACUGCACUGAAACAAGCUGUGAGGCUUCAGACUGCCCCAAGUGUACUGCUUCUGGAAAAUGCAUGUGGACUCGUCAAUUCAAACGCACAGGUGAGACAAGGCGCAUCCUGAGUGUAAACCCCACCUAUGACUGGACGUGUUUCAGCUACGCCCUCCUGAACGUCUCACCUAUGCAGGUGGAGUCGUCUCCUCCUCUGCCAUGCCCCCCACCUUGCCACAGUCUUCAUACCUGCAGCCUUUGUCUGAGCUCCAGAGGCUCUGACGGGGGCUGGCAGCAUUGUGUGUGGAGCAUGGCGCUGCAACAGUGCAUGAGUCCUUCUUUCAUGCCACUGCGGUGUGAGGCAGGUCAGUGUGGCCGUCUUCUUUCUGGGGGUGACUCUUGUUCUCCACAGUGCUCCCAGCUCACCCAGUGCUCACAGUGCAUUGCCAGGCCCCAGUGUGGCUGGUGUGCUAGUCGUGGGGGCAACGGAGCCGGACGCUGCCUGCAAGGGGGCCUUGAUGGUGUCAGUGAGGGUGUUUGUCCACAGAAAAACAGCAGUUGGUCUUUUCUCCACUGUCCAGAGGAGGAUGAGUGUGCCAAUGGCCAUCACCACUGCAACAGCACCCAGGACUGCCACAACCUACCCCAGGGCUACCACUGCACCUGCAAACAGGGUUACAUUCUCAGCAGUGUUUCUGGUCAGUGUGAGCCAGUUUGCGCCCAAGGCUGUGUGAAUGGGACAUGUGUGUCUCCAGGCAUUUGCCAGUGUCAUUUUGGCUUUGUAGGCGAUAACUGCUCCUCCCAGUGCAGCUGCAACAAACAUAGCAACUGUGCUGGUGUAAAUAAACCAGAUGUUUGUCUUGAGUGCCACAAUAACACCAUAGGUAAACAUUGUGAGAAGUGUAAGCCACUGUUUGUGGGUUCUGCCAAAGGGGGUGGCACAUGUCGUCCCUGUCGAGAGUUUUGCAAAGGAAACAGUGCUGUGUGUCUUUCCCGGAAUGAACACAAAAAAGCCCUUGAAAACCCACGACUCUUCCCUCUAGACCCUAACAGCAUUCAGAACUGGGUGUCUGAGGGUCCCACAGAAGAGAACGCUGUGUGUGUAAGCUGCCAGAACAACAGUGUGGGAGACAAGUGUGAGAGCUGUCUCAGUGGCUACUUCCUGCUUCAGGGAAAGUGUGAGAAAUGUCAAUGUAAUGGACAUGCAGACACGUGUAACGAACAUGAUGGCACUGGUUGCCCCUGCCAGAACAACACAGAGACAUCCUCCUGUCUAAGCAGCCCUCAGAGUGACCGGAAAGACUGCUACAGGCAGCAGUGUGCCAAGUGCAAAGACUCUUUCAAUGGCACACCAGUGAACGGACGUCAGUGUUACCGUCAGUUCAACGUGGACACUGAGUGCUGCUUUGAUCCCACAUCCCAGACCAACUGCUUCCAUGAUCCCACCAUCCGCAACCUUCCCAAAGGGCGCACCGUCUUCUUUGCUGCCCAGCCAAAGUUCACCAAUGUGGACAUCCGGGUCACCAUUGAUGUGACCUUUGGUGAGGUGGAGGUGUACGUGUCUAACUCUCACGACACCUUUAUUGUGGAUGUGGACCGCUACACAGGGAUUCACACCAUUAAGAUUGAGGAGGAUUCUGUGACUCGGGGAACAACAAUGGAUAAGGAUUCUCCUCCAUCCCCUAUAAAGGUAUUUGCCAACGCCUCAUCCAACAUUGGAGGUCCAGUGCUCUCCCACAACCCACUGCAGCUACAAGCAAAAUCCCCGGGGGCAGAGAGAGAAAUUAGAGAGGAGCGUGCAGAAGGACUCAUCACUUACAUCACUGUGUGGAAACCACAGACCGUGCUUAUUGUUCGUGGUGUUCGAGAUCGCGUGGUCAUCACCUUCCCCCACGAAGUGCACUCACUUAAGUCCAGCCGCUUCUACAUCGCACUGAGAGGUGUGGGAACUGAUGAUAGACAGGGAGAGUCACAGGGCCUGCUGUUUUUGCGACAGGACCAAGCACACAUCGACCUUUUUGUCUUUUUCUCUGUUUUUUUCUCUUGCUUCUUCCUCUUCUUGUCUGUCUGCGUCCUCCUGUGGAAGGUUAAACAGUUCCUGGAUUUCCGUCGUGAGCAGCGUCGCCACAUCCAGGAGAUGACAAAGAUGGCAUCAAGACCGUUUGCUAAACUGACCAUAUACCUUGAGCCAGAGGAGCCUCAGCUCAUCUACUUGCCUUCAGCUGGUGGAGGACUGGGGGGCAGCACUGUAUCCCUUGCCCAUGCCCGCACUGGCAAAUUUGGAGGAGUGGUGGUGGGCCAGAGGGGCAGGGCCGGAGCUGUUUCUUACAAACAUGACCCAGGCUCCGGACCCACAGCCCACCAUCACCAUCACCUCACCCUGGGUGGAGGUGGCAACAGUGGCCAGCAUCUGCCACUACACUACCUGAACACCCAUCACUACGCCAGCACUACAGCUGGCAACCCGGCCUCCCAUCACCACCCAUCCACUUUCACUGGCUACCAGCACUUUUGCCGUUCUGACCCUUUCCUCUCUCAGCUCAUGGGCUUUUCUUAUUCUUCCUUUAAAGUAGGGCCCAUUACUCUAGAGCCCACAGAUGACGGCAUGGCUGGAGUGGCCACUGUCUUUUUUCAGUUGCCUGGAGGUGUUCUGGCUCCAAAUCGUGCCUGUCUUGGCUCCGCACUGGUUACUUUGCGUCAGAACCUGCAAGAGUACUGUGGCCAUGGCAACGGAGGAGGGCACCCAGGGGCAGGAGCUGGGCGCAAGGGGCUGCUAGGGCAUCAGCACCUGACCACUAUGGCUAUGUGAGGAAACAAUAUAUAAAUGGAAAAGACGGAUAAGAGAUAAGACUGUGAAGUGUUUGAUAGAUAAUGAAUAUGUUUUUGAAAGAAACCCUCCUGCAGUGUCAAAGUUGGCUAAUGUGAGCAUUUUGAACAGAGUUGUACAUACACUGUAUAAUGAAUUUAGUGUCUUUUAUUGUAUUCUGUAUUGCUAUACUGUAUUUCAGUGCUUCACAUGACCAAGUCAGCUGUCUCUAAAAUGCACUACAAUUGCUAAACGUAUCAACAAAACAUCAUUGCAUCUUGUCUGUGAUCACUACAAAGGUAUGGGCACACGGAUAGCCAGUCUGACACAAAGACUGAAGCUGGAUGGUCAGUAAAAUGUUUAUUGACCGUCAGAUGUGUUAAGGAAAACAUCUGCUCACUUUAGAACCAACUGUGCUUUAUACCCUCAGAAGUGACAAUCAAAAUUGCCAUUAAGAACCAAAGAUUUAAUCUUGGUUCAGCAUAAUGUGCAAGAUUUUGAUUGUCAGCUCAGUGGAAGAAAAAAGUCAGAGUUGCUUGUACGAUGUUUUUUAUAUAAUCGUCAUAUGAGUAAUUUCUAAUUGUUACAAAGUAUAUGACUUCUAAGCGAUUAUGUUUAUGAUGAACUAAUCCUGCAUAUUCAUUCAUCUGCUCUGUUUCCUUGGUAUUUUUCUCCUGGUUUGCCUUCACUUCUUGCCUUGUCUGAGUCACCUGGCUUACACUUAAAACUUGUGUCCAUGGAAAGUUUGUGGAAGCUUCUGGAACCGUUAAUAAUAAUAAUAGGUUUUACUCUUCAUUUCAUUACUUGUUUUUGUAAAAGAAAAUAUUAGAGAUAAUGUUUUUAUUAUCAAUCUUCAGUUGCUGACACUACAUUAAUUUCAAACAGGACUGAGUUUGUCCAUAUAAUUAAUGGAACAAUGCGUCCCAUUGAUUACAUUUUGUUUAUGUGAAAUGUUUAUCAGUGUUUGGCUAGCUUUACCAGACUCAGGCAGUGCGUCUGCUUAGAUGAUUGUAAUAGCAAAUCAUAGUGACAAUUAGAAAAAAAAAGCGGAACAAAACAGUUUGAGAAAUAUUACUCUUAAAAUAUAAAAUAUGUAAACAAUGAAUGGAUGUCUUUGUUAGAAAGUUCUCCUGGUGAGAGGUUUAUUAGAUGACUUGAAAGCAUUCUUGAUUGCAAUGAGACUGAAUGACUUGUUCACUGGUUGGUGUUGGCAUUUCUUUUUAUAUUUAUUUUCAUAUUUGCACUGCAUGGAGCCAAUGAGUCCCUUUUGUCUAUGGGAAACACUAAGUGGAUGCCGUCCAGCCUCAGCUGGCACACAGUCAUGUCAUGGGUGAACUCAGAAUGGUGCUACAGACUUCUUGUCAAAUGGAACAAUGAAUUUCAUUGAAUGCUCACAAAACUAAGCAAACCUAGUUCAAAUAAAUACUGUCACUAUUUAUAGGAGCCCUCCACAUAAAGCAUUAACUGUUUUAUUCUGGUCAUCUAUUUUUGUGUAUGUUUUUUCAAACAUACUUUAUUUUUGUACAUAUUUUUGGUUGUGAUUUGUUUUUUGUUGAAAAGAAGGGAACAGUCUUGUACAGAAGAUAGCAUAAAGAUUCUGUCCUGAGUCGGCUGGAAUAAAGUCUGUGGAACAUG